UACAGGUAGGAUUGCCAUCUGGUGCAGGGAAUAACCGUUAAUCCGAGGCCGUAAAAACAUAAUUCAGAAAAAAUUUCAGCGAACAAAUUAUUCGCAAGAUUACACUAGAAGUCCGUUGCAGCUGCACUUUUGAGCAGACGUAAACCUUUUCGUUACCUGGUGCUAAAUCCGCGAAGACAAUGGCCGCCGGAUUCCGCCCGUUCCUUCGGGACUCUAACCUUACAAAUAGCGAGGCACCGGGAAUUAGCAUGUCAGUCAUCCACAGCUCGGAGCACCACACACACUCACCGCCAGCCUUAUACUUUCAUCCACAAACAGCCGUUGUGCCGUCCGUUCAGUUCUCGCAUCCGUAUCACCAGUAUCUAAGCCAAUUUGCUCCGAACUUUGUGCCGUACUAUUACCGCCUGCUCUCGCGUCCUAUUAUGAAGCAGGAGGAGAUGGAUAUCGAGAACUACAUUAAUCACGAAGUGGCCAACCAGCAGGCCACAUUGCGACAGAGGAGCUCGAGGCCAUUGGGACAGUUACAAGCACUGAUGCAGCCUCCUCCAGUGCAACAGGUCCCUAUGAAAGUUGCCCGAAGAGAAGCUCGCCGGAGUUCCCCUCCCAAACGCCGCAUCAUUAACGCCCAAUUGGUGGCCAUAGCAACACCAUCUGGGGAGAUUAAGAACAUAGAACCGCAGAUAGAACCUCUUCCGCCCGUUGAUGAUGCCUUCAAGCAGAAGGUGGCGAAAAUUCAAAAGAGCCAGCAUCACUAUGAACAGCUCUUUGGACGACUCACCUCGAUGUUGAAGACCCUCAACCAGCGCUACGAUAAUGAUUACGAGGAGGUGCCUGCACCGCCGUCUAAGAGGCCCCGCAAUAUGUCCACUAGCUCCGCGGAGUCGCAUCUCCCCGACAACGCCUCCGAAAACGAACGGGAGAAUCUGGUCCAGUAUCCACAGCGAGUACGAAAGGAGGAUGGCAGUACUGUGUAUAUACUAGGACCGAAUGGCACCGAAAUUACCGCCCACCAGUAUGGAGAGGUGUUCUUCACAAAUGCUCCGGUGGCCACCAGAUGUCUACUGUGCGUUGUCUUUAGCAGCGACGAGUUAGCCACGCACACUCUCACGGGAAAGCCAUCGCCGGCAUUCUACGGCCGGGAGAGACCUGCCAAGCUUCAAUUGGACCAGCGCAAAGUGGACGACAUUGUGGUCUGUGUUAUGAACCGAACCGGAGGCAAGGAGCGUGUAAUCAGAGCCACCAUCACCACAAAGUGCGCGGAUACGGCAAAGAAGUACAAGCGAAGGGCCAAAAAAGCACAGAAAAUGGCAAUAAAGGAGGAAUGUUAGCGGAAAAAAGAUAUGAUUCCAGUGCUUAACAAUUAAUUGGCUAGAUUAAAUCCAGCUUGUAACUUCAUAAGGAAUUCUUACUUAACGUCGUGCCAAGAAGGCGCCAAGGGCGAUUGUAAAUAACAAUACAUUAUGUUUAUAACAAGUAACUGUCGGCUAGUAAUUAUAUAGCUUUGAUUAAAUAAAUAACUGACAAACUA